AUGGAGGAAGAAGAGGUUGAGAUGUCUUUUUUUGCGGCUUUGCCUGAUGUAGCGGUCACGAUCGGCUCAACUGCGGUUUCUAUUAGAAACCGGAUCCAACGCGAACUAGACAAGACAGUCUUCUGCAAGUACAUCGCGUUUACAAACGUUCCUCCAAGUCUCCUCGAGGAUAGGAAGCGCCCUAUCUUCCCAAAGUCGACUCGGAUAUUCUACAAUCAUGAUACUAGGCAACUUCUCGUUAAGCUCGUCGCAACGCCUCAUGAAAUUGCAGAAAGAACACUUGAGUUUGGUGUGAACGCCGAGCUCCUCAGCAUGGGAUUGGCAACAUCGGUUGUCCUUACAGGAAGUGGUCGAAUUCGCGGUAACGCCUGCUCUAAGGAGCCCGACGGCACAUGGAGACAUAAGUCCCUCCCCGCUGGCAGAACGACGGAGUGGCCGUCUGUGGUAAUCGAGACUGGAGUUUCCGAAGGCUGGACGCAGUUGAAGAGAGACGCAGAAUGGUGGAUCAACAACUCUCAUGGACAAGUGAAACUAGUGAUCCUGAUUCGCGCCAAUAAAUCUCUACCCGAGAUCAAAUACGAGACUAUCAUCAGUGGCGCCCCCUCCCCGGCUCUUCGCAGUGGCCGCGUCAGAUACCAAUGCCUACCGCGGCAGUCGAUUGUGCAAUCCCGGCCCGUGAACCAGCCUGGGGCGCCUAUCACAACUGUUGGGGUAACCCCACUAGUCGUUAAGUUUGAUGAGAUAUUUCUUCGGCAACCAGCGCCACCCGAGCAUGACAUCCACGUGUCGCUGCAGUGGAUGGAACACAUUUCCAGGACCGUUUGGGCUGAACUUGGGAUCUGA